AUGUCCUCGUACCAAAGCCAGACACCGUCCACACCACCUCUCCAUCUGACUAUCCGAUCAGCUCGUCUGAUUGACCACUGGGCCAUUGCCCGCCUCAACACUCGCGCGUUCUUCGAGGACAUCCUCUUCGGGAAGACUAUCCACCCCCAGCGCUACCAAUACCCCAAUGACUCCAAUCAAUACUGGCUUUCACGGAAUCUCGUCUCCCAUUUUGACUACGCCCAUGUCUUCCUUCUCGCCUGCUUGAGAGAUGAGCAAGGCCGAGAGAAAAUCGUGGGUCAGGCUCACUGGAGCCGCAUAGGCCUCAACGACGAUGAGAAUCGAAGAACCGGUUGGGGGUUGAGGUGGUGGGACCCAAGGCAGGUGCUGAAACCUCUCGUCUCCCAACUCAUUCGGCUCGCCAACCUCUUCUGGACAAACAGAGCUGCAGACCCUGAACGGGAAGGGAUUGUAGAGCGUAGCUAUGGCUAUAUCGAUCAUGUUUGGGACCCUGUUAAGAGCAGGUGUCCGAGCCUGUAUCUUGAAAGCAUGGCUGUAGAUCCUCAAUGGCAGGGGAGAGGCAUCGGAAAGCUCUUGGUGCAACGAGGCAUAUCGAUGGCGGAGAAAGAAGGCAUCAGCGCGAGUGUGAUUAGUGCCGAUGGUAAAGAGGGUUUCUACCAGAAGUGUGGAUUCGAGACAGGACCAGUCGGCAGGAGCGGCGAAGGGCAGGGCAAUCCUUUGUUCGAGGUGCCUGGAGGUUUGGUAUUCUUUCAUGACGCGCCCGGCGGAAAGCUGGACCCAAGGGAACAGACGAAGGAGGUCGCUGAGGUGAUGGCGCAACUGAAGAAGGACAUGGAGCAUGGCUGGUCGUCAAUAUGGUUGAAGGAGCGAGAUGAAGGCUCCUGA